AGCAGCACGAUGAGAGCAUAUAACGCAUAUAGCCUGGUCUGUCGGAUGGGAUGCAGCAUCCUCUCACAGUCACUGCUUCAGUCUGCACAGGCGGUCAGCGGAUGCUGAUGUGCAGGAUGCUGCCGGAUCCAGCCCGUCACCGCGAGACGAGCCGUGCGACGUCUCUGCAGGAAUGAGUCCGAAUCCUGCUGCCGCUGCGAUUUAAAACAAAACUAUUCGUGAGAAAAAAACUCCUCUUUAUUGCAUCAAUUUUCAACUUGACACCGGAGCAUGGGAGUCGGCUGCAGAAGUUGGACAGACAAACAUUUUCAAUGCCAUGAAUGUGGACUUUGGACAAGAUUUACAGCGCAGUGCAGAAGAACAGAGCAAAUAGGCGGACCCGUGCUUUUGUGUGCAGAUUAUGUGUCUCUGGAUAUUUCAUGAACAUGAUGCACUUAAAUAAAAUGCACCUUUAAUGUGCCUUGAGGCAUGGAGGGGUAUUGAUCCAGAGGAGAAAUGCACGCUUCUGAUUCACAGUAAUGGAAUGAAGACACUCUCCUCGAUACAAUGGAUGAUAGAUCCAGUAAGCUCAUGUUGGUCCCUAUCCUGGCGGUGCUGUUUGUUAUGAUUGGUUACCAGUAUAUAUGUCCCGCAGGCAGCAAUUCGUGCCACUUCAAGCCCGGGGAGAAGCUGAAGGGGGUGAGCCUGCUCUCCAGCCCGGACCAGGACACGGACGAUUUCUACAGGGACCAGGACCUGGAGGACGACAGCCCCGCGAAGCUGCCCUCCAAAUUCAACUUCACCGAGCGGGACCUGGACAGACACGUGGAGUUCAACAUCAAAGGGGACGACGUGAUCGCGUUCCUGCACAUCCAGAAGACCGGGGGCACCACUUUCGGGAGGCACCUGGUGAGGAAUAUUCGCCUGGAGCAGCCGUGCGACUGCAAGCCGGGCCAGAAGAAGUGCACAUGUCACCGGCCGGGCAGAGACGAGUCCUGGCUCUUCUCCCGCUUCUCCACGGGCUGGAGCUGCGGGCUGCACGCAGACUGGACCGAGCUGACGAACUGUGUGCCCGUCAUUAUGGAUAAGAAGGAGGCCCAGAGGAACAAGAGAAACUUCUACUACAUCACCAUGCUGCGCGACCCAGUCUCCCGCUACCUGAGCGAGUGGAAGCAUGUUCAGCGUGGCGCCACAUGGAAGACCGCCCUCCAUAUGUGUGACGGACGCUCACCCACCCAGGAUGAGCUGCCCACCUGCUACAGCGGGGAUGACUGGUCUGGUGUCACCCUGACGGAGUUCAUGAACUGCCCGUCCAACUUGGCCAAUAACCGGCAGGUCCGCAUGCUGGCUGACCUGAGCCUGGUGGGCUGCUACAACCUGUCCUCGAUGAACGAGAGCCAGCGGAACCACAUCCUGUUGAGCAGCGCCAUGAGCAACUUGAAGAACAUGGCCUUCUACGGCCUGACGGAGUUUCAGCGCAAGACGCAGUACCUGUUUGAGCGGACGUUCAGCCUGCGUUUCAUCUCCGCGUUCACGCAGAUCAACAGCACGCGAGCCGCCAACGUGGACCUGAGCGAGCCCGUGCGCAGACACAUCGAGGAGCUCAACUUCUUGGACGUGCAGUUGUACGAGUACGCGAAGGACUUGUUCCUCCAGCGAUUCCAGUUCACCCGCCAGAGGGAGCACCAGGAGGUGCGCUUGAAGAGGCGCGAGGAGAGGCGUUGGCUGAGGGAGCAGAGGGAGCAGGGCAGGCCGUGGCAACCCAAAUACAGAGGAGGUGGAGACAGAGGCGAGAGAGCGGGAGGAGGUUUUGAGAAAGGGACUGAUGGUGACUUUCCGACCACUACUGAGGACUACACAAGCCAAGUGGCCCGCUGGUGAAGCUUUGGUCCCAUAAAGAGAGAGGAGCAAAAGAGAGAGAGAGCAGCCGAUGGAGAUUCCUCACAGACUACAUCAAACAUUUCCUUUGACGCUCUCUUGCACAUCCUAUGUCUCUCUCUUCCCGUCUCACCAUUAAUCUGUCUCCUGCAUCUAUCCGUCUCUCAGCUUCAGUGUGAUCCAAGCGCUCUGCUGUUUCUUUACGAAAACUGCCAAGUCUGUGAGUCUCACAGCAGCUCUGCCUUGGACUGCCUUUUGGUGUCUUAAAUCUUUAAAUGCCGUUUAUAUAUUUUGUUGUCAUUAAUUUUUGCCUUUGUUGUUUAUCAUUUGUUGGGGGGGAAAAAGACAGUAAACUGAGGUGAAAGGAAAAACACAAUCAAAAGAACCUGCCAUAGACUGCAAUGCUUUCAAUUUUGACAUGAAGUGCAAAAUUAAAUAAGGUCACUGAAGUCAUUGUCUUUGUUGCAACUGGUAGAAAACAUUUUCCAUUUGAAAGUUGUAGUUGUAGAACUGAUGGUUGCAUGUCACAUGUUUUACUUCUAAUUGGGGAUAAUCCUUUUCCAAAAGAUAUACAGUACUGUAAACCAAAAGGAAUAAACAAUAUACAGAAUAUAUUUGCUUUUAAUUUAAUGCCAAUGAAACCCUCUCUAACGCUGGACUCACAAGGGUGCGUUGUGUUUACGCUCGGCGGUGGGUGUGUCCGACGUUUGGUGCCGGCAGGAAUCGCCAUAACGACAACAAUCACAUGUUUCACGCUUGGGACACACAACAUAGCCGGUUUUCGUGCUAAUGUGUCAUGCUAGCUAUCUAUACAAUGCUAAAGCGAAGUAAUUCCACAAUCGGAUGAACACGCACCAGCUGCCUCAUCCGCACUAUGUGAUCUGAUAGAUGCUUGAAUAUUUGUUUAAACACAAUUUGAUUGGCUGGUACAUGAAAAGUUGAUCUCUGAGCAACGUGAUGCAACUGAACCAGAAUGCAGUUCGGCAACGCAUGACGUCACCCCGUUCAAAGUCAAUGAGCCGCAUUGUGGUUGACGCCUCCCAACGCACACGUGUCAGUCCAGCGUUAUUAUGCAUGCAGUACCCACUUUUUAAACCAAAUUUUACAAUACUGAUGCUAAUAUUUUUGUUGCAGUGCAACAUAAACAGUAUUAUUUUCAAAGUGCAAUACUUGGCAGGAGAACACUUCUCCCAAAGACAUCACGGUGUGCACAUAAAGCUUGUCACAAUGGGGACAUCCUGCUGAGAAAAAUGUGUCUCCCAGUACCUUUGCAAGAACUUUGUGUUUUUUUCUUUUAAUAUCAGAAAUGGAAACAAGUACCGUGCAAUGAGACGAGCACACACGUUUUCUGAAGUGGUGGGUUGCGGAUAAGAAGUUAGUAAAUAGUCCAGGUGAUGAAAUGUGUCAGCAUGGCUGGUGUGUGGCUCGACUGUAAAUGAGAUGAUCAGCAUUCAGUGCUCAUGCCCCUCCCCGUCACACUGUCUGCUUUUACAUGUUUGUAGAGCUGACUGCAGCCGCACCGUGGGCAGCCAGGGCGCUCUCAUGCCAGCAUGAGUGCCAGCCUACAAAGACCAGCCUCAAAGCAGACAGUGGAGAAAUAAAACACUCUGUCAUUUCUCCUGCCCGAUCAUUUCCAGUCCCUCAAAUCCAAUCAGCGGAGCAACACACGAGGAUGAGAGAGGUUCCUGCUUUCAUAUGGUUAAAUAGGCCUCAGUGAUGCGUUUUAUGCCUCAUCUCUCUCAGUCAAAAUCCCUGCUUAUCAAAUUAAAUGUUCACUAGAUGUCAACACUGAAGUCAUUUACCUGCUGCUGUUCAUUUCUCAUGUUUCUUCAAAUACCUCAGAUGACGUGUUUUUCUUAAAUUUUCAGGACUCACUCGUGUUUUGUCGUGUUCGGAUGAUUUACGCACUGAUGCAGUGAAUGAGUUGAAUGAACGCAAGGUUUGAUUGUUUGAGCUGUAUUGGUGCACUUCAGUGUGGAUAGAUGGGGCGGAACAAAGGUGAGUUGUGUUCAUCACAUCGAUGACACUCGAUCAAGUGUUUCACACGUAGGUGCCAGCUACAGCUCUGAAUACUGAAUCAGUCUGGGAGGUUGAAUCUGAACUAAAUCCAUCGUCAUGCAGUUUGUGAUGUAAGACUGAAAUAACAACAAAAUCUGAUUUACUGUCAUCUCAAAUAGGUACAUUUGGGAUAUUUGCAAUUUUACCCGGAAAACAUUAUAUGUAACUUUUGCAAUAAGAUUAUGUUUAUGCAAUUUUAUUAUUCUCUAUCCAAUAGAUUUAAAAUGUUAUUAAAUUUCACUGCAGUUAUACAAUAGAGGUUUCUAGAGUAUUAGUGCCACUUAAUCGGGAGAUUAUGACUAUUAAGACUUUUUCCUAAUUAAAUUAUGACUUUAAUCUUGCACUGAGUUUCUUAUUGAGUGAAGAGUUCAUCCUCGUAAAUUAUGAUUUUUCUCAUUAAAACAUGAGGGUAUUCUCAUACUCUUGAGUUUUUUUCUAGUUAAAUUAAGAUUUUAUUUUUUAAGUUAUUAUGACUUAUUUUCAUUAAAUUAGGACUUUAUUCUCAAUUACGACUUUAUUCUGGACAUCUCCAAAAAGUUGUCUUCAAUAUGGCCCUAAUAAUUUGUCGUACGGUUCACAUGCUAUUCAUGCAACAUCGUCUUUUAAGUGUGGUUAAACUACAUUCCUGAGCAUUUUAAUUAAGAAUUUAACCUUAAAAAAACCUUCAUAUUAUCAGGACUGUGUGGGUGGGGUUUAAUCAGAGCUGUUCAGUGGUGCACAACCUACUCAGAUCCUUUAGUUAAGCAAAAGCACCAGAACAACAACUGUGGGGUUUGCAGUAAUGGAGGCAGAUAAUAGCAGUGAAGAAAUGUCAUUAAAUGUACUUACUUUUAGUGUUUCAUAGCAGGGUGGGAGGGAGCUGGAAACCCAAAGAACAAUCAUCCAAACUCAGAGGGCAAAUAACAGGAAUGGGUAAUAAACUGAAACGUAAAGAAACUCCAGGGAACGACUACACUGAGCCACUGAGCUGAACAAGAAACAAAUAUAAAAACCGACAAAGACAACUGAGGAGCUCCGCAGACACUUAAUGCUCAAUGAUGCUGAAGAUAAUUAAACACAGGUAGAACACAUGAGGGCUGGGCAGGCAAUCACACAGGACGGAAACCAGACAAAGACAGGAAGUAAAGCAACAGAUCGACACAUAAGGAAAGAAACUUCAAAGUAGAACAGGAACUGACAAAUCCAAGCUGAACUAUAAAUCCACAAAUCCAAACCCUCAAACUCAAGGAAAUAUAAAGUCCAACAAAAUGAAAUGAAAGUUCAAAGCCCGUGAAAUUGCAAAAACAAGGCCCGACAUGAAGUCCAGCAUUGGAGCAGAUCCUGACAGAAAUAUAUAAAUGCUAAUGCUGUUAUGGGUAAAUGUUCUGUAUUACCACUGUAGAGAUAUAGAAGCAUUGUAAUCAACUAAUGUGAAACAAUUUUUCUUUAAAUAACAAGCCAAAACAUAUUGGGAACCACUGGUUAAAUCUCAUCAAAGUGUAAACGUAGUGAGGUAAAAAGAAAAAAUCUUCUUUAAAUGUAGUGGAUUCGAAAUUUAACGUAGCCUACGUGAUUAAAUGUAUGGAAUUGAAUUGAAUUGGUAUUGGUGUCUUGGCCAAAAGGGAGCAGAACAGAGCCAUAAUUAAUGUUAUUACUAAAAACCUUUGCUUUAAUAACUAGUAAUAUGUCUGCCUGUUAUUAUACUGCUACUUUUUCUUAGCCAAAUAAUCUGAAUACUUCUAUAAUCAGAUAUGCAGUGUUUUGAAUGUACUGCUAAUUCGAUUUCUAUUUUAAAAUGGCAGUCGCCUAAGGCCACUUGUUUUUGGACAUUUCUUUAAAUAACUGUGUGAUAAGCUCCUCUGUGACAGAUGCCAUGAGCAGUACAAGAGCUGUAUGGCUACUAAUGAAACACUUCUUCUUGUGUUGUAAAUGUGUUAUACAGUGUGUGUGUGUGUGUGCGCGCGUUGUGUGUGUGUGUGUGUGUGUGUGUGUGUGUGUGUGUGUCGUGAGCACUAACAAAGUUUAAAUGUUGUGUAAAUGAAGGGAUGAAUAAAAUGUUGCAUGUGGGAUCAUUGUGUUAUUAAAAUCAUUGACUGUGCAUUAAUUCAUUGCCUUUGCAUCAACAACGAUGUGCAGAUAGGAAACUCACUUUAAACUCACUCAUUUUAAGGGUGCUUGUGAAUAAUUAAUUUGUAGAGGUCAGGGUCUAUUUCCCACCUUUGCUUUACCUGUCAUCCCUUUCUGCUUAUUGCAUAUCUGAGCACAGAAAAUACAUUUAAACUGCUCCAAAAAAAAUUACAAAUAAAAUGAGAGCAUUCUUUCAAAAUCCAGGCUUUUUUUAUUUCUGUGAUUUCAAAAAUAUUUGCUUCACCUAAAAGGCUUUCUACCAAGUACAAACUCUCCGAUUGUGGUGUAAAUAAUACAAUGAAUAAAAACAAACAUGCAUUCUCACGCGUACUUAUACUGCCAUUCCCGGGAAACUGUGGCAAAGGAGCAAUUUAAUAAAUAUCUACUGCCACUCCAUGAAAGCGCGUCUCUCUGUGAAGCUGAUUUAUCUGUAUUCAUUUCUUUAUUCCUAUGAUUUUAACUGUUGCUAUAGAAUGGCUUUGCCUGAUGGAAACUACCAGUAUUACCAACACCUCAGUGAUAAUAAGUGGAAGAGAGCUUUCUUGGUGUAAGAAUUUCUAUGUACAUGUUAAAAGUCUUGUGAUGAAAUGAAAAAGGCCUUUUGGCCUGUAAUAUUUAAUCUGCCAUUUUUCUUGUUUGACCUGAUAAAAAAAAGAGUGAAUUCUGCUUAAGAUAUCAGAAAUAAAAGCAUUGAAUGGUCAUGA